AUGAGUCUGUUUGAUUUACCACGGAGACGCUUCAAAAAUCAGUUUUACAUAUUUGUCUCAUAUGAAUCGCAAUACCACAGUGGUGAUAUCCUAAAGCAAAGAUCUGUUUGGACUAAAAAAUAUUUCAUUCCAGAUAAUUUCUUUAAUGCAACAAUGUCUUAUAGGAAGGAUUCAGAUAUAACUGCUGCCAGCGGUGUCCUUUCAAGGCUUACCGACGAUGAGUUGCAGAAUCGUACUUCUGAUCAUGAAGAGAUUGUUAGAAGUAUAUUUCAACGACCAAAAUCUUUACUCCAAUUUGUAUCCCACUGUGAAACCAUGUCUCGCAGAGAAAUUUACAUAAAUGAACUUAAAAAAUACAUAGAUGUCACUGUAUUCGGUAAAUGUAGUGGCCGUCGGUGCUCGAAAGAGUGUGAUAAACGAGCAGUCGCGGAACACAAAUUUUACUUGUCAUUCGAAAAUAGCGUAUGUCGAGAUUAUAUUACCGAAAAAAUGUAUGACCGUAUUGGCAACUUAUUACCAGUUGUUUUAAGACGGUCCACCUACAAGGGCAUUAUUCCAGAUGAAGCUUUUAUUGCAGCUGACGAUUUCAAUUGUCCAAAAGACCUAGCUAAUUAUUUAAAUUAUUUGAGCAGUAAUUACACAGCAUUUUCCAAGUAUUUCGAGUGGAGAAAACGUUGGAAGAUCGAAUUGAAAGUUGAGGAGUGUGAACUGUGCAGAUUUGUCCAGCUGUAUCGAGGAAAAACGAAAACCUUACCAAGCAUCAGGAAAUGGUUAUAUCACGAUUCAGACUGCAAACAUUUUUACGGCGAACAGUUAACUUGUGGUGGAUAA